CCUUCAGUUUUCUGAACAUUUCCCCUUUCAAAAACACAACCCCCAAUGGACGAAGAAGUCGUACCCGAUCUUUCUGCGCUUACAGAUACGCUAGAAUCAGCAGUGUCAAGGGUCACAAAUCUCAUGGAACCGCUGUUCUCGUUGCCAUUCGAGCAACAGUUGGGAAACCUGGCACCGCUGGAGAGAGCCAAAUUGGAGGUUCUGAUGGCUUUUGCAAUGAACAGUCUUAUAUUUGUAUAUUUGAAGACACAAGGCGUGCAACCUGACGCACCAGUCAAGCGAGAAAUGCUUCGAAUAAAGGGGUACAUAAACAAGAUAAAGGAUGCUGCGGGACUGAACAAACCUACGAUGCGCCUCGACUCUCAAGCCGCAAAACGCUUUGUCAAUCAUUCUCUAAUAGCUAACCCUGAAGUCAGCGAAGAAAUCAAGAAACGAAAACAUGAAUCCGAAGCCGACAAUUUCCUUUCUAAUAUCUCCCUGCCUACAAACGGAGCCAGCACUCCAGGGACAGCGUCAGGGAGCAGCAACGCAAACACGAGCGAACCUGACGGAGAUGUGGGAAAAGAAGAACCUGCCAAAAAGAAAAAGAAGAAGAAUAAAAAGAAGAAGGACGAGUAGAUUGCUUAUAGGCGGGGGGUGGGGAGGUGUUGCGUUCUUUUAAUUUAUUAGCUAUCAAUUUGGUAUAGUUCUCUCCAUGAAGAGUGAUGUUUAUUUUUAUUUAAACGGCGGUCACACCGUGUACGGUCACCGUUAUCUGCAAUGCUAUCCAUUUACGUUGGUCAGAUCCCAACAGAAUUGCGG